CGUCUGCACUCUCCACUUCCACACUCCCAUCCCACCUCCACCGACCGCGUCCGGUCCAUCUCCACUCCCCCCACACUCCUACUCCUUUAACCUCCCCGCGCCGCCGCCUCCCCUCCGCCGAGACACCCAACUGUAUACCAGCAGCAGCCAUCCUCGCGCGCGCGCGCGGCGUCGGCGAUGGCGGGCGGCUCAACCUCCUCCUCCUCGUCGUGGGGCCCCAGCCCGGCUCUGGUGACCGCGGUGGUGGCGCUGCUGGGGCUCGGCCUCGCCGCCUACAUCGUCGGCCCGCAGCUCUACUGGCACGCCAGCGAGGCGCUCGGCCGCUCCACGGGGGCGUGUCCCGCGUGCGACUGCGACUGCGACGCCCGCCCGCUGCUCGCGCUCCCCGAAGACUGUUCCAAACAAUUCAAGGAUGUUAAGAGCCGUGCGUCUGGUGAAGAAACAGAGAAGAGUUUCACGGAGCUACUCAUAGAAGAACUGAAGCAGAGAGAAGAAGAGGCAACACAAGCUCAGCAGCAAGCAGAUGUAAAAUUGCUGGAGGCGAAAAAAUUAGCUUCACAAUAUCAAAAGGAGGCUGACAAAUGCAGUUCAGGUAUGGAUACAUGUGAAGAAGCCCGGGAAAAAUCAUCAGAAGCAUUGGUUGAACAAAGGAAACUGACUGCUUUGUGGGAAGAAAGAGCUCGUGAACUAGGAUGGAAACCUGGGAAUAUCAAACCACACCAGACGUAGUAACGAGCCCUAGCGGGAUCGCGAGCAGCUCAAGCCACAGAGAUCUAAUUCCACACAUGCUCCUCAAAGAUAUAGUAAAGUGACCGAGGUAACAAAGGUGCGACCUUACCUCCGUUUUGCGCUGCUUCACAAGCUUUUGUCCAUAGUUGAUUUAUAUUCAGAUUGUAGUAUACGUCCAUAGCUGUUUGUGAGCAUAUGUUAAAAUGAUCAUAGGAUCAGAAUGCUGCUCAUCCACCUGUAUCUGUAUGUCUUGAAGGGAAUAUUGGUUGUUGUGUAUGAUGAUGGUAAUAAAGGAAUUGUAGUCCAAGUGCAUCUAUUUCUGUUA